GGGUAACGGCGUGAAGAAGUGCAGAUGCAGUGCACUACUGUGAUACCCCUCUCGAAGGUAUAAAGAGGCCGCCUUGCACUGUAGUCCCAUUGUACCAGCUUCCAUCUAUUCAUUCCAUCUGAUUCAAUCGCUACAUUCUCCACAAUGAAGUACACACUCGCUUUCGCAGGUCUUGUCGCUGGUGCUCUCGCCGGAGAGUGCUAUGCUCCUCCUCCCAAGGUGACCUCCACAGGCUACGCGACUCCUCCUAGCCCAACCCCUACUCCUGAGCCCGGUCCAGGCUACUUCGGCGUCAUCUCAGCCCGCAGUGCUUCACCUAUCCACCUCCAGCCCUUGACGGCUCGUGGUGGAAAGUUCUACCUCGGGGGCGGUCCUCCCUCCAGCUACUGCCCCGAGGUUGUCGGUGACGCCUGCCCUCCUGGCAACAGCACUGUCUUCGCUGGCGGCGACAAGACACUCUCUCUCGGUGUUGUUGUUCCGGGUGGCCAGCAGGUCUACGUCGCUGCCGACGGCGCACUGAGCUACACGCAAGCUCACUCGGCCGCUAUCCCUGCUGGCGCAAUUGUCGAUCAGUUCAGCAAAGAUGCUCCCUCAAACGGAAACAGCUUCGGCUACCUUAACUUCGAGACUGGUUUCGUUGCUUGCCCUGUUGGUGCAGCCGACCAGGGCUACCAGGUCUAUGGCCAAACCCAGGACUUCGAGGCCAGCUCUGAAUGCCUUGGCUUCAGUGCUCUUACCUCCUCGGUGGACGAGCCUGGUGCGUGGCAGUACUAGAUGUCCUGGAGCCUCCAGGCUACGAACUUUCGUGAUCGAGAUUUAAUGAAUAAUG